CAAUUAGAGCAGCUACACUGGGCACUCGCUGCCAAGGCCCGCUCCGGCUCCAGUGCAUUUGCUCCCGCACAGAGCCGCCGUUAUAUUUCCAUGUAUGGAUAUACACAGGCGAAAGCGCUUGUGUAUUCGAAAUAUGGCGAACCGAAGGAUGUUCUGAGUCUACACAAACACUCCAUCUCCGCUCCCCACGGCACACAGGUGAAUCUGCGCCUGCUCACCGCGCCCAUGAACCCCGCAGAUGUCAACCAGAUUCAAGGCGUCUACCCCAGCAAACCGCCCUUCCAGACUCUCCUCGGCACUCCCAAUCCAUCCGCCGUCGGCGGAAACGAAGGCGCUUUCGAGGUGAUCGCCACAGGUGCCAAUGUCAAGACGCUAACCAAGGGCGACUGGGUGAUCAUGCGCCAAACAGGACAAGGCACCUGGCGCACGCACGCGCAACUCGAUGAGUCCCAGCUCAUUCGCAUCGAGAACAAAGACGGUCUGACGCCGCUGCAGGUCGGCACGGUCAGUGUGAAUCCGGUGACGGCGUACCGGAUGAUUCGCGAUUUCUGCGAAUGGGACUGGAUGCGCGCGGGCGAGGAGUGGAUGAUUCAGAAUGGAGCGAACAGCGGUGUUGGGCGGGCGGCGAUCCAGUUGUGUCGUGAGUGGGGGAUCAAGUCGUUGAAUGUGGUCCGGGAACGGAAGACCCAUGAGGAGACGGAGGCUUUGAAGAAGGAGCUUAAGGAACUGGGUGCUACGGCGGUGGUGACGGAGGAGGAAUUGAUGACGAGUGGUUUCAAAGAUACGGUGGCUCAGUUGACGCGGCAGGGCCGGGAGCCCAUUCGAUUGGCAUUGAACUGCGUGGGUGGCAAGAAUGCCACGGCCAUGGCGAAGACGCUGGCGCCCGACUCGCAUAUGGUCACUUACGGAGCCAUGUCGAAGCAGCCGGUGGCUUUGCCGUCGGGGCUGUUGAUCUUCAAGAACUUGUCGUUUGAUGGGUUCUGGGUGAGCAGGUGGGGUGAUAAGAACCCUGUGCUCAAGGAGAGUACCAUCAAGGAUGUUCUGCAGAUGACGCGAGCUGGUCGAUUCAAGGAUAUCCCCGUGGACGAGGUGCAAUGGAAGUGGAAUACUGAGGGCCCUCAACUGGCCGAGGCGGUUCAGGGCACAUUGGGUGGGUAUCGCAGUGGCAAAGGUGUGUUUACUUUUGCUGGGGGUGAUGAGUAG